AUGGGCAAGGCGCCGAAUAAGAAAUUCACAACGAAAGUCAGCCCCACGGGCAACACAGUUGCCGCGGACAAGCACCUCAACUCCGUCUUUAAAUUCAACACCAACCUCGGCCAGCACAUCCUCAAGAACCCCCUCGUGGCGCAAGGUAUAGUCGACAAGGCCCAGAUCCGGCCCAGCGACGUGGUAUUGGAAGUCGGUCCCGGUACCGGAAACUUGACGGUGCGGAUCCUCGAACAAGCCCGCAAGGUCAUUGCAUCCGAAAUGGACCCGCGCAUGGCCGCCGAAUUGACCAAGCGAGUCCACGGCACUCCACAGGAGAAAAAGCUCGAGAUCCUUCUCGGCGACUUUAUCAAGGCCGACUUACCCUACUUCGACAUCUGCAUCUCCAAUACCCCCUACCAGAUCUCGUCGCCGCUCGUGUUCAAGUUGUUGAACCAGCCGAGACCUCCGCGUGUCAGCAUCUUGAUGUUUCAACGUGAGUUCGCGAUGCGUCUCGUGGCGCGGCCAGGCGACGAGUUGUACUGUCGCUUGAGCGCCAACGUGCAGAUGUGGGCUAACGUGACGCAUAUCAUGAAAGUAGGCAAGAACAAUUUUAGGCCGCCGCCGAAGGUGGAGUCGAGUGUCGUGCGGAUCGAGGUGAAGAACCCAAGACCAAAUAUCGAUUUCAACGAGUGGGAUGGCUUGUUGCGGGUCGUGUUUGUGAGGAAAAAUAAGACUAUUGCUGCUGGGUUCAAGAGCUCGAAUGUUGUGGAUAUCUUGGAGAAGAAUUACAAGACUUGGUUGGCUACGCAAGAGCAAGAUGGCAUGGAUGUGGAUGCGAGUGCUGAUUUGACAAGUGUCGUCAAGGGCAAAAUCGAGCAAGUGUUGACACAAACGGGGUUCAGCGAUAAGAGAGCUGGUAAGCUUGAUCAAACUGAUUUCUUGAAAUUGCUUUACGCUUUCCAUCAAGUUGGUAUACAUUUUGCAUAA